CGUCUCUCUCUCUCUCUCUCUCUAUAUAUAUAUAUACAUAUAUACAUGUAUGUAUGCAUAUUUGAUGGAAGGUGAAAAUUCAUUAAUAACCGCGAUCAAGGCGAGCUUGACUAGGCCUUCAUGGGUGAUCGUGUUCCUUCUCUUCACUGUGAUUGCUCUCUUCGGCCUCCAGAUCUCCAAGGACAAAAUUAUUAUCCCGCCCUUGGGUUUCAUUUCGGGCCUGCAGGAGAGCCGGGCCGGGCUCGAGGGGUCCCACCACAAAACCACCUGCUCCGACUUCUUCACCCCGCUAAAUCCGCCGCUCAGGAAGGUGGUGCGCUCGAUUGCCGACUUCGGCGGAGUAGGCGAUGGGAAAACGUCCAAUACGGCGGCGUUUCGGCGGGCGGUGGAAUCUAUGGAGGCCUUCCGAGAGAGCGGUGGGGCCCAGCUCAACGUUCCUCCUGGGCGGUGGCUAACGGGAAGUUUCAAUCUCACCAGUAAUUUCACCCUCUUCCUUCAACACGGAGCUGUCAUUUUGGGUUCUCAGGAGGCAGAUGAGUGGCCCAUCAUCAAGCCACUGCCAUCCUAUGGAAGAGGAAGAGAAAGGUUGGGAGGGAGACAUAUUAGCCUCAUACAUGGAGAUGGUCUGUCCAAUGUUGUAAUUACAGGAGAAAAUGGAACAAUUGAUGGUCAGGGGAAGAUGUGGUGGGACCUUUGGUGGAAUAGGACUCUGAAAUACACCAGAGGCCACCUUGUUGAACUGGUUAACUCUCACAACAUUCUCAUCUCCAAUCUCACUUUCCUCAACUCUCCUUUUUGGACUGUUCAUCCUAUUUAUUGCAGUAAUGUUGUGAUCAGAGACAUGACAAUCUUGGCACCUCUCAAUGCCCCAAACACUGAUGGCAUAGACCCAGAUUCAAGCACGAAUGUUUGUAUCGAAGAUUGUUAUAUUGAGAGUGGCGAUGAUCUUGUGGCAGUGAAGAGUGGUUGGGAUCAAUAUGGGAUGAAAACUGCCCGACCAAGCUCAAACAUCAUAGUCCAGAGAGUUUCAGGCACGACGCCAACAUGUUCAGGGGUUGGAAUUGGGAGCGAGAUGUCGGGAGGAGUCUCAAACGUUGUUAUUAAGGAUGUACAUGUCAGAGAUUCAGCAGCCGGGGUAAGGAUUAAGACAGACAUAGGGAGAGGAGGAUAUGUCGUAAAUGUUACCAUACACAACAUGACAAUGGAGAGAGUGAAGGUUCCCCUAAGGUUCAGCAGAGGCGCGAAUGACCACCCCGAUGAAGGGUGGGACCCUAAGGCUCUACCGGUAGUGAAGGGUAUAUCAAUCAGCAACAUCGUGAGUUUGGAAACGCGAAGAGCUCCUGUGUUGGAGGGCAUCAAGGAAGCGCCAUUCGAGGGCAUAUGCAUGAAAAAUGUCAGCAUACUCGGCCUAGCCUCAUCGGUUAGAUGGAACUGUGAAUUUAUUUCGGGUUCGAGUCAUGGUGUUUUCCCGGCACCAUGUUCUCAGCUGAAGAGAAAUAACUCUACUAUGGAUUCAUCAUGUUUCCAUUCGUGAGAUUUAUAGGGGUACUAACCAAUUCUAAUAUGCAUUUGGAAUGAUCAAUAGAUUGUGAUUACAGAUUUUCCAUGAAAGAAUAGGUACAUGUU